CAAAAGUUUAGAGAGAGAGAGAGAGAAAAAACCUCUUGAAUGUUUGUUGUUGUUUUAAACGUUUUUUUUGUGCUAGUUAUUUGAAAAUUUAAAUAAUUAUUAUUGCUCACCUGUAAAUUGUAAUUGAAUAAUCGGAAACUAUCCAAAAUGUCACAGCACGGAGCCGCUUUGCAAAGUUAUAAUCAAGAGUUAGUUAAAUGCUUGGAAGACAUGAAGGCCCGACGUUUGGAAUUACAAGCACAAAUUGAAGCAGAAGAAGAGGAAAAAAAUUGUUUACAGCGUGAGAUUGAAAAAAUGUCUUACAAAUUAACUCGUUUAAAUGACAGUCUCGCAAAGAGAACCUCAGUUCGAAACGAAUACGACAGAACAAUUGCCGAAACGGAAACAGCCUACGUGAAGAUUCUCGAAAGCUCGCAAUUAUUGCUGAAUAUGCUGAAAAGAGAAGCCUCAUGUCUAGAUCAAUCUCUAGUGAAAGCAAAUAUGGAGAAACAAUGUCGACAAUAAAAGUAUUUUAUUAAAAUAUUGUAAAUAUUAUUUAUAUAAAAAUUCUGUAAUCAACGAUAAAAAAAAGACAAAAAUUGUAUAUAAAUCGUUGAUGUCAUGUUUUCUCUCCGCACAUGACAAAAAAAGAAUUAAAUGAAUUUUUCCAAGAA